GCACACUUUUUUGUUCGUUUUGGCGCACACACAGCAUAUUAAGUGAAUCUCAAUUUGCCCCAAUUUGGUGGAAUGUAAACUUGGCCCAAUGUGUCCUGAAGAAACAAUGUCAGAAUGACUAGGAUACUAAAGUUCUUAAGUCAGAAUGGGGAGGGGGGUGCCGAAAUCCAAUAUAGCCCAGAAAUGGGGGGCUUGAUGUGAGUGCAAGAACCAAGUAAUGACAGUGUGCUGCCGUCCAGCUGCUCCUGUGGUAGCCCGGUGUACCGGCCGCGCCGUGUAGCGGACACCCGGUGUUACGUAACAUUCCUGCGAGCUCUCCCGGGCGCGCGGUACAGUCCUGCUGGUCACGUGACACAGCGCAGGAGCUCGAGGACGCGCAUUGCCUGCGAUUAGUAGCGCGCUGGGUAUGAGGCCGUAGACAUGAGCAGCUCGUCACCCGUGACCGCCCCCACCUCGGACUGAAAUAUACAGAGUUCUUCAUGGAUAUAGUUGACACAUUCAACCAUUUAAUCCCUAGUGAACAUUUGGACGAUGCCAUAUUUCUAGGCGAUAACCUAGAAAGUGAAGGCUGUGACGAAUUUGCCACAAGCCAACAUGUCAUUGAAGACUCCUUGAAGAACAUGCUUAGUGACAAGGAUCCUAUGCUUGGAUCUGCAAGCACCCAAUUCUGUCUACCAGUUUUGGAUAACACUGAACCCAGUUUUCAAAUACCAACCACAACAGGUGUUUGCCUUGAUGACAUAAUGGAUGUUGGUGUUGAUAAAGUCGCUGUAAAUGAUGUAGAAGAUCUAAUUCUUUCAGAUACGAAUGUGAAUAAAUUGGAUGAACCAUCUAGGAAAUCAGUAAGGAAAUCGCCACGCUUAAAAGCACAGGAAUCCACGAGAUCACUAAGGCAAAGCACAGUUGAGAAAUCUUUGAAUCCUGUAAAGGUUUCAAGUCCAAAGAAAACUAGAUAUUCAAGGAAAGAUACAGUAGUAGAUAAAGUGAAAGAUGAGGAGCUUGUUCUACAGUUGGAGACUAAUGAUAUAAGAAGCAAAGGAGCAAUUUCCUUAGAAGAACAAAGUUCAUCUCCAGUAACAAGGAGAUCAACAAGAAUAACAAAUAAGGGAUUAAAGGAUAAAAGUAAUACUGCUGAAAAUGAAACAGAAGAGUAUAAUAGUCCGGAAAAUAAUAUUUCAGGAGUACACAAAUCAGAAACUUUAAAUGAUGAUGGCCUUGUUUUGUUAAAUGAAAGUGCUAAUAAAGUUGCGGAAGAAAUGAUAGAGUAUGACUCAAGUAAUUCAGUAGGACAACUGGCUGCUGACCAAGCCUUAGCAGAAUUGGGACAAAACAAAGAAUAUCAGGUAUAUCCAGCUGAAGAUAAAAAGACAGAUAUAAUAUAUGAUAAAGUUCAUCAGGAGCUUGCACUUUUAUCUGGAGUAGAUGUUAAUUUGGAUGUGAAAACUGUGGUACUCCCAGAAGUGAACGAUGUAUGUAUAUUGCAAAAUACUGAUCAAAGGUCUACACAAGAUGACAUUGCAGAAACUUCUUUUAUUUCUGCUGAAGUUUUAGAUCCCAGCAAUAAUCUUCUUACUGAAACGGAUACGUCGAUUGUAGAAAUCAGAGCUGAAAAUCAUCCUGAAAGCUGGAAAAGUGAAAAAAAAGUUCAGGUUACAGAAAAUGAAGCAAUACUUGAGAAUGAUAAUAACAAAAAGAAAAGUUCUAUCAAAAAAGGUCUAAGAAAGGUAAAACCCACCUUGGCUAAACAAGCAGUAACUGAGGAAAAUACAGGGAAGAGUCUUGUUGCUUCAAAAGAUGCUAGUUUAAACACCAAAACCACAAAAUCUAGGUCUAAAAUCGGUAGAAAUCCCAUUCCUCAAUCUGUAAACCAACCUGAAAAGAUGAAAAUUGUUAAAGUAAAGAAGCAAGUAUCUGAAGGUAUGAAGGCUGAUAAAGUCCCUUUACAAAAUAAACUUAAAAAGAAUUUGAAUGUGGUUGUCAAAAAACAUAAUACACCUACACCAUUAAAACAAUUGGAUGAUGCGUUAAGAGAUAAUCACGGAAGUCUAAAAGAAGUGGAACAAGUGGUUUCAUCUCGUUCAAGUAGCUUGUCUCAUUCUAGUGACAAAGCUGUCGGUAAGCAGAUGUCCUCCAAAGGGAGCAAACUAGUAAAGGAUGAGGCAGAAAAGAAAGAAGCAACUGAGCAGUCAGAAGAAAAGACAAAGCUGAAAAAGUCCCUGCCUCCUCGCCAGAGGAGGAGUAGUAAAAGUAUUUCUGUUGAGGAGCCACCACUGUUUAUUCCUGAUAACAUUCCUACUAUAAAAAAAGAAGGAACAGAGGGGACUUCUCCAACUGAUAAGUAUAUUUGGAACCCAACCAGGCAUUGUAGUUCCUGCAGAAAACUUCAUGGAAACAGGUUCAUGGUGGGAUGUGGAAGGUGUGAUGACUGGUUUCAUGGAGAAUGUGUUGGUUUAACCCUUGCUCAAGCGCAACAAAUGGAAGUGGAUGACAAAGAAUACAUAUGUGCUAAAUGCUGUGCAGAAGAGGAGAAAAUGGAUAUCACAGAAACUGACCUUUCUAGUGAUAACCAGAAGACCAGUUUACACCAAGAUGUUAAAAGUUUGGAAAAUGAUAAAACAAUGAUUACAGAAAGUCAUAGCUUACCACAAGAAAAAUCCAAGCCAAGUGAUGAUACCAUGAAAAACAAAGAACACAAAGUUAAGAUUUCCAAAAAGAUUCCUGGAGAUGCUAGGCAUUCCACAGAAAACAAGGAUUCAGAUAUUAAGAGACAACACACUCCAAAUCGCAAGAGCUCUGCCACAGCAGUUCACAGAGUAUCAGAGGAAAGAAGUGAAAAGUCUUCAAAGGAUUCCACAACUGCUUCAACUCCUGAUGAAAAGACUACAAAGUCUGGUGUAAUUGAAAAGCUAGAUGUGAAAAAAAAGAAAACUGAAAAGAAAGGGUCUGGGGGUCCUGCUACCUCUCCAUCUACACCAAAACCAUCUGUUGAGCAAAUAAGACAAAGUGUUCGUCAUUCCCUGAAAGAUAUACUAGUGAAGAGACUUUCAGAGUCGAAUUCUAAGAUUCCUGAAGAAAGAGCCACAAAAGUAUCAGCCAAGAUUGAAAAGGAGCUGUUUUCAUUUUAUCGAGAUACAGAUGCUAAAUACAAAAAUAAGUACAGAAGCUUAAUGUUUAAUUUGAAAGAUCCUAAAAACAAUGUACUUUACAAGAGAGUUUUAAAAGGAGACAUUACCCCUGAACAUCUGAUAAAGAUGACUCCUGAGGAACUGGCCUCCAGAGAGUUAGCAGCAUGGAGACAAAGAGAAAAUAGACAUACCAUUGAAAUGAUUGAAAAAGAACAGCGUGAAGUUGAACGGCGGCCGAUCACCAAAAUUACACAUAAAGGGGAAAUUGAAAUAGAAAGUGAGGCUCCCAUGAAAGAGCCAGAAGCCAUGGAUACUGAGGAACCUGUUGCAAAACCAAUAGAGAAAGAAGAAGAUGUUCAGAAAGAAAAAGAGGAUCCUGUAGAACCAACCUUAGAUACAACAGCACAGCACAAAAAUCAUCUCUUUGAUUUGAAUUGCAAAAUAUGCACAGGGCGUAUGGCCCCUCCUGCUGAAGAUCUCUCACCAAAGAGAGCAAAAUUGGCCACCAGUGUCGUGCAUACUGAAGCUGAUAAUGUAGCAGAAGCUGCUUCAACUGCACCUGUUUCUCUGGAUAUAGAUAUGUUGGAAACAGAAAGACUGGACUCUCCGAAAGAAACAUUCUUCUCAUCAACCAGCUCUGAGUCAUUUAAUAUUACGGACACGGCUGAAGACGAAUCUACUUUUUUAGCCCGUUUAACCUACAUUUGGAAAGGAUUUCUUAACAUGCCUUCUGUAGCAAAAUUUGUCAUCAAGGCUUAUCCGGUUUCUGGGUCAUUAGAGCAUUUGUCAGAGGACCUUCCAGAAAGCAUACAAGUAGGUGGAAGGAUUUCACCACAAACUGUUUGGGACUAUGUAGAAAAGAUAAGGGCAUCUGGAACAAAGGAAACCUGUGUAAUACGGUUUACUCCAGAGACAGAAGAAGAUCAAAUAUCUUACACGCUGCUGUAUUCUUAUUUCAGUAGUAGAAAACGUUAUGGUGUAGUUGCAAACAACAUGAGGCAGGUGAAAGACAUGUAUCUCAUCCCCUUAGGUGCCUCUGAAAAAAUUCCACAUUUCUUUGUACCGUUUGAUGGGCCUGGCCUUGAAACACGUCGACCAAAUUUACUUCUGGCUUUGAUAAUUCGCCAGAAAGUGAAACGACAGCUCAGUACAAGCAUUGAUGAUGAACAUUUAGGCUCCUUACUUAAUGUGCCGGAGAAGAAGAAUAGACUUGAACUCGAUGAGGAUGAUGAUGAAGAAGAUGAUGAAAAUGAUUUUUUUAAUUCUUUUACUACCGUAUUGCAUAAGAAUCGGAACAGAGCACAGGUUUCAGAAACUGAGGAACCACAGGCUGUGGUUGAAACUGAAACUGUACCAGAAGCAAUUAAAAGAGAGCCUGCAAAGCCACUACGUUUUUUACCAGGAGUAUUAGUUGGAUGGGAAAAUCCACAAUCUACCUUAGAUCUGGCUAAUAAACCUUUACCAGUUGAUGAUAUAUUACAGUCUCUUUUAGGUACUACAGAGAAUAACUUUGAAUGUAAAUCAUCAGCUAUAGCAAAUAAGACUUUUAAAGAAGAAAAAAAUCAAGCAAUUGAUGAAUCAGGCACUUCUGAAAAAUCAUUAAACAUAGAAAUGAAUAUAUUGUCCAGUACAGUAGAAGAAACAAAGGAUAAUCCAGCUCCAAUAACAUUACCUGGAUCAUCAUUAGGACUUUCUCUGAAAGAUAAACCUCCUGAUGUUUCCACUGAGGCAUUUUUAACUACAGUGAAUGUUCUGGGUGAAGAGCCGGUGGAUAAAAAUCUUUUAGCAGAAGAAGCAGAUGUUAAGAAUAAUGUUGUACCAGUUUCAAAUAUGUCUUCAAUUCCAGUGACCAAAAGCAGUGAAGAGAAUAAUAUAGCAUCUGUGGAUGUCAGCUCGAGCCCUGUGAAAUCUCCAAAGUUAAUACAUAGUAAAAGGGAUCCUAGACAAGCAGCUGGAAGAGGUCAUCAUAUUAAUACUUCAGAUACAAAAGAUGCUAAAUCAGAUUCACACCAGAAUAAGGAUUUCACUGAUAAUGCCUCCCGACAUAAGAAAGAUAAGACAAGGAAACAUUCUCAUGAAGAAACUGAUGUAUCUUCACCUAAAAGUAGACCGAAAACCAAUUUAUCAUUUUCUUCUUCCACAAAUGUUGGCACAGAUAUAGAUGAAGAAUCCAAUACUGAAAAGACAUUCCCCCCAGAUCUCCUUAUUGAUGACACAGAUCCUCUCCAGCAAUUUAGACGAGCUUUGGCUGCAAACAAAUCCCAGACUCAAACUGAAAAUUCUGUCAAAAGUCCAGCUCCUACUUUUUCAGGAAACUUUUCUCCAUUAAGGUUACCACAGCCUUCCUUCUUACCUUUAAAUACUAGCCCUCCAGCCUUUCCAUUCCAGCAUGCUCCAGGCUUUCCUUUGCAGGGUAAUCCAAUAUUUCCCUAUGCUCCUCACAUACCACCUCUCUUACCUACACCAUUAGGUAUGGGUUUUCCAAGACCACCCAGAUUUCAAUCUGCAGAAUCCAGUAUCCAUAAUUCAUUAGUUGCCUGGCACCCAACACUUCAGUUAGCUAGGCAGCCUCCUCAUUAUUUUGGACAUGUUCCUACAGGACCUCUUAUAAACCCUGAACAAGUCAGGUACCAAGCGCCACAAAAGCUGUACCAUAGAGACCACAGAGGCCCAGAAAGACGUCACAGUGAUCCUUGGGACAAGCAAGAUAGAAUAUCUGACAGAAGUUCUAGUCGAGGAAGCAGAAGUGAACACAGGCAGAGAUUUUAUAGUGAGUCACACCACUCAAGAGAUAAGAGGCAUGAUAAGGAAUCUGGAAAUGAUAAGCACGGAGAUAAAGACUCUGAAAGAAGCAGACGUAGGGACCGAGAAAAAGAAAGGAGUCAUGACAGAGAUCGGAAAAGCCGCGAUGAGUCACAUAGGGAAAAAGAAAGAAAUCGGGCCUCUCAUAGUGACAAGUCUUCUGAUAGUAGAACAAGCAAAGAAGGGAGGAAUGAUAAAUCUAAAAGUGAGGACCGUACUCACGAUAAAGAAAAAAGUAGGGACAGAAACAGAGAUCGAGAAGAGGAAAAAGAUCGUGAUCGGCACCACAGAGAAAGAAAUAAGGACCACAGUGAUAAAACUAAAAGUAAACGAUAAACAUCUCAUGCUGUUUUAUCUAUUACUUGGUUGUGCCAUCAUUUUUUAUGAACUCUCAGUGUUUUUCCACACAAGAACUAUUUUAAGCCUGAUUGCCCAUUAUAUGUUUUAUGUUCAAUUAUCACUAAUCUUAAACUUAUUUAACAAAUCUUUUACACAAAUUGAAAUUUAAUGUCAAUAUAUUUCUUUCUAAAUAUGCUAAUAUGUAAUAUUUAGUUGGAAAGAAGCAGCUUUUUCACGCUAAGGUAUUAACAUUUUAAAAGAAAAAUAUACAAAAUGUAUUUGAUUGCACUGUUUUUACAACCAGAAUAUCUUGAAGCUAUACCGAUUCUUAAUUGGAGAUUAAUAUAUAAAAAUUUGGUGCUGUAGAAAACAACAAAAAUUUUGACAAAAAUAAGCAAAUUACUUAUUAUGGUCAGCAUAUCAUAGUUGAUUAUAUCACAAAUUUUUGGGUCAAAGCCGUUCGGUUACUACAGUAUAGCUUUGAAAUGCACUUGCCAUAGGGCAAUAUAGGCUAAUCUUUCAAGCUUCAAUUUCUUAGUAAGUUAAAUUGAGACAUUUUUGUUUGUGCUUUAAAUACUUGAAAAUUCAGCUUGUACAUUCUUGUGUUUUGCUAUUUUUUAUACUGUAAAAUGUAAAUAUUUUAAGGAAUAUUUUGAUUUUAAAGAUAAAAUAACUAACAUAUUUUGUCUCAUUCCACUGUAUGUAAUGUUGUGUUUAAUUCUUGUUCUAAAAAGAGUAAAGGUUUUAGUAAUAUUUCUUGCA